AAUUCCCAACACACACGAACAGCCCGAUGCAGCAGAGCCAUCGACGGCCCGUUCCUUUGUACGACGACGCCCAACCGUCCAAGCCAUGCGCACCCCCAACGAUGGCACCUCCACGGACAUGGCGACGUUUUCUUCGCUUGUUUUCGAUCUCCGCCAAGCUGCAUCCGACUCAAGUCGUCGUGUCGCGUCGCGGAUGCGACAAGUGUGCACAGCGCCGACGUGGUCCUGCCCGAAUCGUCCCGGACGUCAUCCCCGUGGUUGUCGCGUACAAGGUCGUGGACUGGGCCUCCAUGCGCAAGCACGCCAUCAUCGUCGGGGGCGGCCCCGUGCCAUUCUACCCCACCCAGAUCGAGUGGCAUCGUCAAUUGCGCCAGCGUAGCGUUGUCCUGGACACGAUCGACGAGGAGUCUAGGUCGACGUGUGAAGCCUGCCUCAGCCACCACCUUUGCCAGACUGUGCCAUGCGUGAGCAUUACGCUGCGGUAGAUGGAAUGCCCGCCCGUUUCGCACGGUAAUAACGUUUGAGUGCAUGCAUGCA